AUGGCAUCGAGGACCGCUCUAGCCUCACCUGUGGCAGUGACGGCAAGCGACCCCGCGACUUCAAAUCGACGAAGACAUGACCCUCCCGUCGCUCCUCCGCGUGUAUCAUCCAGCCAACAGCCUUCGUCAGGCUCUAGAAGAGCUGCCCGCGCAGAAGAAAGAGCAACCAACUCUCCUCGGCGAACGGGAACAGCUGAAGGCAGCCGCAACGCAACUAAUGGCUACGAGGACUCAAGCUCAUCUCGGCGGCGGGCUACGCAACAAGAAGCCGCGCCAAGAACCGGGUCACGGGACGGAUAUACCACGACGAUGCCGAUAAGGACAAAUACAAGCUCUUCAUCGAAGCAGCCAUCGCGAGAAGCCAGCGAAAUCCUCAAUCAAGUUAUUAUAUCUCAGCCCGACGAAGAUCUGGAACGAGAGCGGGAGAGACUCGAAGAAGCGCAACCGCAUCAUCUACCUACGUCACAGGAUGACUACGAUGAUGCUGUGCCGCCUGCUAUCACAGCGUCUAGGGAUGCCCAGGACGAUAGCCGGCAAGGUCGCCGAAGCCGUCAUGACCACUCAAAGAAGGAAAAGACCUCAAGGUUCGGGGAUUAUUACCUGGGCCACACCAUUGGCGAAGGUGAGUUCGGCAAGGUUAAGCUUGGCUGGAAGCAGGAGGACAAGGUUCAGGUCGCCAUCAAGCUGAUCCGGCGCGACAGCGUUGGCAGCAACCCUAAUCGACUUGCCAAGAUCUACCGCGAAGUAAACAUUCUUCGAGGCGUCUCGCAUCCUAACAUCGUAAGACUACACGAAAUGAUGGAAACCGACCGAUAUAUUGGUAUAGUGCUGGAAUAUGCGUCGGGUGGCGAGUUGUUUGACUACAUCCUUACCCACAGAUACCUGAAAGAUAACGCUGCUCGACGGCUAUUCGCGCAGCUGAUUUCUGGUGUUGGGUACCUCCACAAGAAAGGCAUUGUGCACAGGGACUUGAAGCUGGAGAAUUUGCUGCUUGACCGCAACCGAAAUAUUAUCAUCACCGACUUUGGUUUUGCCAACACUUUCGAUCCACACGAUGAGCUGACUGAAGAGGAGGAAUUGGGGCUGGGAGAUCGCGACUUUGUCAGGAAAGUGGGACUGGACAGGAAAAAGAACAGUGGCAUGCGAAAGGGCGACCUGAUGCAGACAAGUUGCGGCAGUCCUUGCUACGCCGCUCCCGAGCUUGUGGUCAGCGAUUCGCUAUAUACUGGACGGAAGGUGGAUGUUUGGAGUUGUGGCGUAAUCCUGUACGCUAUGCUCGCUGGUUACCUUCCCUUUGACGAUGACCCAGCCAACCCUGAAGGCGAUAACAUCAACUUGCUGUACAAGUACAUCGUCAACACACCUCUUACAUUCCCUGAGUAUGUCACCCCGCACGCGCGAGAUCUCUUGCGCCGCAUCCUGGUUCCUAGCCCUCGGAAACGAGCCGAUCUUUUCGAAGUUGCCAGGCACAGCUGGCUCAGCGAAUACGCCCAUGUUGUUGAGUUUAUCACCAGCAGUACGACGACAUCUGAUGAAGUUAAAAACACCACGGUCCCUGCUUCGGAUGAUGAUAAUUCAGGCCUUCAAAGAAGUGCGUCUGUCAGGGAGCCGACAAAGGCCAAACAGGCACCACCUGUCGUUGGCGACUUGACCAGGAAGCAAGGUCCAGUAGAUUCGGAAGACACUGCUGGUCAUGCCAAACAGAGCAGAGAUAACAAGCGGCGCACUGUGCAAGUUGAGUACGUGGCCCCGAACACACAAACGCAACGCGGUGGUGAACCUUCAAGCCAAACGACCCCUCGUGGCAAGACUCGCGCUCGUUCCUCUAGUAGAGGGACAGCCGAGGCGCAGACAACCCCGAACAACAAGCCUUUACCCAGAGAUCCGCCAACGGACAAAGACAAGUUUACGGGCUCGCCAUCUCACCGGUCCAGGCCGCCUAGUUCACACCAGAAUGUGAAUGUGCCAGUUACAAGGCCUCCCCGCGAAGGCGCUCGCGCAGCCUCCGAGGCAUUUAUGACAACCGUAUCAGGAGCUACAGUGCCCAGACCUGCCACAGGCGGAUCAAUGCAUUCCACUGGCUCUCGGCAUGCACUUGGUGGUGGAGCUACACGAGCUUCGUAUGGACAACCCAUACCCCCAACUGUAGCCGGUACUAAUGCACAUGGAAGGAUGUCACAACCAACUGGCGGGGCCAAAAACUAUGUUAUUUCGAACCCAAUUCCCCAGGAGCAACCUGACAUGGAUUUUGGUAGACCCAGUGUCAGCACUGGCGUCCCGCCUAAGUUUGCCCGCGUUUCUGGCUUCACCACAAAUACUCCACCGCAGUCAUCAGGUGGAUCUGGUGGCGAAUCGAAGGGCCACAGGCGGUCUAACACUAUUGGCGAGAUUGGAGGGAAGAUUUUCGGGCGCAGUGGCUCUAUCUUCGGCGGACGGAAGAAGCGCAACUCACAGCAAGCCGCGGAGAAGCCUAGCCGGAAAUAUCCCCCUGUCAGCAUGUCCAACACCAUGCCAGGGGAGCCUACCGGCCGACCAUCGAUAGACUCUCGGGCUUCUCGGCGAUCGUUCUCUCAAACACUAGGUCUUGGUAAAAAGCGGAGUGGUAGCAUCAACGAAUCUCAGACAUCACAAGAGCGGCCCGCCAACCCCCGACGCUUCUCAUUGAUGAGGGCCAUGGGACUUGGCAAAGAGCCCGAAACCCCCCCUCCUGAGACGCCCUCAGAGCAGUACUUCUCGUCGCAGAACGCACAGCAGCAUGAAGACUAUGGCCAUUACGCCGAGCCACCUCAGAGCCGCGGAAACCGUCAACAGUCCGUCGAUGGCGCAUACGAUGAGCCUGAGCGUGUAAACACAGCCCCAAGCUCCUCCGCUGGAACUUCCAGUCAACAUCAACGUCAUGCAUCCGGUUCUCGUCCUAACGCCUUACCAAGUCACAUGCAACAAACUGCAGCAUUCAAUUCCGGCUCAGAGUCAUCGGUUGAUCGCCCCCAAAGAAGGCCGCCGAAUGCUGCCCCAUACCAAGGUGGAUAUGACUCGGAUGGCCGAGCGGGCAGCCGUAGCCGUGGCGUUCUGCAGAAGAACAAGAGGUUUGUAGAUGCAUACGACGGUGAGGAGUACGGCAGACAGGGUGAUCAUGCCGGAAGCAGCGGCGCGGCCAAAAGAGUAAUGGACUUCUUCAGGAGAAGAGGCAAGGCUCGUGGCGGAGAGGCAUGA